UUUUUUCCUGCAAUUUUUUGUGGCUGUGGGGAGACGACUGUUUUGUUUUCGUCAUAAGAACACGUAACCUUAAAAAAAUCGCAAGUGGUCAGAGACGGGCAGAGAUGGUCCGUAAAAGAUCAAACGGGCGACGACAGCCGUUGAAUUUCAAGCUCGAUUUAGGAAGAUGUCAUCAUUUGCUGGAGGGACAGCUCUGGCCUGUUGGCGGGCCCGGCCCGUUUUUCCGACGGCGUCGCUGACGCAACGGGAGAGCAGGAAGAAAGUAGUUGUUGUGGGUUCGGGCUGGGCCGGGCUUGGGGCUGCUCAUCAUCUCUGUAAACAGGGAUUUGAUGUUACUGUUCUUGAAGGUGGAUAUGAACUUGGCCCUAAAACGAAUGUACCUAUUCGUGGUUUCUGGUAUCCUUACAGAAAUAUAUUUAACCUAAUUGAUGAGCUUGGUGUUGAACCCUUCACAAAUUGGGCGAAAUCUGCUCAGUAUUCGGACAAGGGUCUAGAGGUUGAGUAUCCGAUAUUCGGAGAAUUGCCACAGCUUCCGACGCCAUUCGGAACAUUAUUGAACACCAAAUUUGCUCGACUCCCCUCCAUCGAUCGGCUUACAUCGCUUCCACUAAUGGCCGCGCUGAUUGAUUUCGACAAUACUGAUGAUGCGUGGCGAAAAUACGACUCGAUCACUGCAAGAGAGAUUUGCAAACAGUUUGGAUGCUCGGAUCAGCUCUUCCAGGAUAUUUUCGACCCGUUGCUUCAAGUCGGAUUAUUUGCUCCAUCAGAGCAGUGUAGUGCUGCUGCAGCUCUCGGAAUGUUAUAUUAUUACGUCCUGGCGAAUCAGAAAAAUUUCGAUUUUGUGCUGUGUCGUGGGCUCGUUAGAGAGAAAAUUUUCCAGCCGUGGAUAGAGACGAUGAGAAGCCGAGGCUGCAGAUUCUUGGAAGGUCGAAAAGUGACGGAGUUAGUACUUGACGACGAAACGGGGUGCGUUUCUGAAGUAAUAUGUGGGAAAGAGAGUUUUAAGACAGAUGCCGUGGUUUUGGCUGUCGGAAUCUCAACCCUGCAAGAAAUUGUCCAGGGCAGUGCAGUAUUGUCUGCUAGGGAAGAGUUUUUGAAGGCGAUGAAAUUGCACACCGUAGAUUUGGUUACGGUCAAGCUCUGGCUCGAUAGGAAGGUUAGCAUUCCGUAUGCAAGCAAUGUUGCUUCUGGACUCGACGGUGCGUACGGAUGGACCUUUCACGAUUUGAACAGGAUAUACGACGAACAUAAAGACAGCGCAUCGACGAUCAUUCAGGCCGAUUUGUAUAAUGUCAACGACUUGUUGCCUCUCAAGGACGAGAUACUUGUCGAAAAAGUGAUGUCUUGGCUUUCAAAAUGCGCGAAGAACAUCGGAGGUGCUUCCGUCGUUGAUAGAGAAAUCGGAAGGUUCCCAAAAUACCUCCCUCGUUUCGCCCCGGGGACGUACAAGUACGCGAUGCAAGGAAAGACGUCGUUCUCAAAUUUGUUCAUGGCCGGCGAUUGGAUAGUGAACCGGCACGGUUCGUGGGCUGAGGAGAAAGCUUAUGUUUCUGGGGUUGAGGCUGCAAACAGAGUGGUGGACUGUUUGCAAGAAGGAGGUCUUGCAAGAAUAGUUGCUGUUGAAGAUGAUGAAAUGCACAUUCAGACAUUAAGGGACUUCAACAGAAAUCUGCAGGAGAUUAUUUCACAGUUUCCCUUGUCAAACUAUUUCCUUCAUUAAUUCAUCUUGUAAAAAUAUACUCCCUCCAUUCCAGAACUAUAGUCUGGGUUAUGUUUGACACGGGAUUUAAGUAAUAUUGAUAUUAUAUUGAUAGUGGGUAAAAAAUACGGGUAAAAGAUUUUUUUGUCCUUGUGAUUGUAUUAGUGUAAAAAGUAAUGGCAAUUGUGUAGUAAUAAUGAAAAAGUAAGGUUAUUUUACAGUGAUAUGA